CUUCUUACACACCUACUUCCAACAGACAAUUUUGUUGCAGUGUUUUAUCCUUUUCAACACAGAUAUCUCGCCAGCUAAAUCACUGAAAUAAAUGAUAAUCAUCAUUUUAUAGCGUCUGGUGCGGAUCCACGUCACAGCUCAAGCAUUCCAGGAUAAUUCUUUCGCUAGAUUUUCUUGAACGUCACUUCUUGUUUUAUGUAUGGCUCGUAAAUCCAAAGUCAAAUCAGAUCAAUGGAAUCCAUCCCUCCGCCGUCGUCCAGCGUCGCUUGAUCAUUUGCCACACAUUCCACAAGAUAGCGUUCUUGCAUAUGCAUCGCUGCCACCCACUCCCAUUUCCCCUUCUCCGUCCUCAUCUACGCCAGUGUCACCCACGCCUGCCAUUUUCAAUAAAAUACCUUCACCGCCAUUCUCACUUUGGGAUUACCUACGGGAAGAGCUUCUGGCAACGGACUUUGAUUCACACCAGGAGUUGAAAUGGGAGCGUGUUAGCAAUUUCCUCAAUAUUCCUAUAGCGAUUGAGCAUAUUAUUGGUUUUGGGUAUCUGCUUUGCCUGGACUCGUUUCUAUACACAUUCACCAUCCUCCCGAUUCGCUUUGCCAUCGCACUGUGGCGUUUGAUAUCCUUCAAGCGGCUCCCGCCUUCUCAGAAGGCGGACUUGCUACGAGCGCUGCUGCUUGUGGUUACAACCCUCAUCUGUAUCCCGCUGACGGACGCAAGCAAGAUAUACCACACCAUACGCGGUCAGGAUACGAUAAAGUUGUAUGUAAUAUUUAACGCGCUCGAGAUGGCGGACCGUUUGUGUGCUUCCAUUGGCCAGGAUAUUCUCGAUUGCCUCUUCUCCCGUUCCAGUCUAGUCCAGUUGUCUUUCCGUCCCAUCAUCUACUUCUUCCUCGCUGCCCUUUACACCAUCUCACAUACAUUCGUGAUGUUGUAUCAACUUCUCUCGCUCAAUGUCGCCAUCAAUGCGUACGAUCAUACCCUCUUAACUCUCCUCGUUUCCAACCAGUUUGUUGAGAUCAAAGCUUCCGUAUUCAAAAAGUUUGAAAAAGACAAUCUCUUCCAACUCACAUGCGCAGACAUUGUAGAGCGUUUUACACUUUCCCUCAUGCUUUUGGCCGUAGCCUUUCGGAAUCUCAUCGAUCUUACAGGAAGCGCAGCACUUUUUGAUGACGCGCUUCUCCCGCUUAGUUUUGGGUGGUCGCAAGCCGGGGUUCUCUGGACCAUAGGAUACCCUGUGUUGUUAGUUAUGCUAUCUGAAUUUCUCGUGGACUCUCUCAAGCACGCCUUUAUUACAAAGUUCAACCAUAUACGGCCGACAGUUUAUGCUCGGUAUAUGGACGUUUUAUGUCGGGACCUCGCCUGUGGCAGCGCUGUUGGUCGGAGGAAGCAUACAUAUGUAGACCAAUCUCCGCUAGUUGCGCGCCGUUUGGGGUUCGCCCCACUUCCCCUUGCUAUCCUCUCCAUCCUUAUUUGCGGACAGAAUAUUCGUGAGCUGGACUUGAAAUGGAGUGCUAUGGCGCUCCUUUUCUGGCUAUGCUUCUUGGGCGUGAAGAUCAUCCUAGGUGUAAACUUAGUUGGAUACGCGACGUCAAGGCAGGAGAGCAUUGAAGCCGCAAAGCGGGCAGAGGAUAAGGAAAACGAUUUUGGGAGACCGGCAAUCGGAGAAGGCAACGAAGAAAGGGCGUAUAACAGCGAGCUAAAAGGGAUGUUGGAUGAUCCUAGAGACGAUGUUGUGAGAGUCGCAGAGAUGGGGGAGGGCACGCAUCGUGGGAGACAAAGAGUUAAGCUGGAAGAUCUUACACGAUUUACGAUGGUCAAAAGGAUUUGGUAAAGAAUUGUUUGUCAAACAGCGGAAUCCUCUAUUUUCUAUCACACGGCGGUAAAGCCUGCCUCCUUUAGUUUCGUCACCAACUCGUCCACAGACUCGACCUUUCCGCC